UCUUGGAGACCAUGAAGAAUGUGAGAUGCAAAAAACUGCUGAUCGAUCGAUCAAAGGCUCCAGGCAAGAUUGGAACUCUUAAAGACAUCUCACUUUUUGGAAGUUUCAAGUUUCCUUGUAAUGGACCAAAUGCUGGUGGUAUUGUGGCACAAUCUUUGGCUGGUCAAGGAAAAACUCUGAGCAAAACUAAGGCACAAGUCCAGACUCUUUCAAUGCGAAGCGUGCCAAUAGCUGGAGCCACAGGUGCUACUGUGACGGAAGACAUGUGGCAACAAUCAGACCAAACAGUGGAUGUGAAUACAAAUUCUCAAAGUGAUUCAUACUCUGUACAGUUCAUUCAGCUCUCUACAGCUACCCCUGAGGAACUAGUCCUUGUACCUCGAAAUGAAGCUUCAGUCAAUGAUGACCUAAGGCCUGCACCUGGAUUUGCCCUGAAAAAAGGUGGUGCAAAGAAAACCACAUUCACCAAUGAACAAAAAGAAAUAANGCCUUAUUUGCAUUCUGUCAACAACACACAUAUUGGUUUGUUUACCUAUUUCAAGUGCACAAAAAUAGGAAUUACUUCUUACUACUUAUCUCUCAAUUUUGUUUAG